AGAAAAAUCCGAAGUUAGUGUGUGUGUGCGCAUAUUAUAUAUAUAGAAGAGACGCGUUUGGCGUUGCGUUUUGCAUAUUUGCAAAACAAAACAUGGUCACCAUUUGAUGGAAAAACAAUUUCUCCAAAAUUUUCUCCUUCGUUUUCCAUGUUUUUGGUUAAAAACCCGGAAAUAGAGAGUGAAGCCUCUCAAAGUAGAUAAAUAUAAAAUAAUUGCAGUAGUUGACAUUUUGAGUAGCAAUGGCUCCUGGAGGCAACGCUUGCAAAGAAGUCAUUGAGUCUCAUUCCCCUGUUGCAGAUUAUGACAUAGCUUCAGCAAAAUCUGAGAGUAAUAAUGCCACUAGUACUACUACAACUGCAACAAUGAAAACUUCUGUUAAUUUAGUUGGAAAACAUGGAAUUCAUUCAAACAACGGUGUUUAUGAGCUCCUUGAGUGUCCUGUAUGCACGAAUUUGAUGUAUCCACCAAUUCACCAGUGCCCAAAUGGACACACUUUGUGUUCGAACUGCAAGAUUAGAGUGCACAACUGUUGCCCAACAUGCCGCUAUGAUCUUGGAAAUAUAAGGUGCUUAGCUUUGGAGAAAGUUGCAGAAUCCUUGGAACUCCCUUGUAAAUACCAGAAUCUAGGUUGCCAAGAUAUCUUCCCCUAUUACAGCAAGCUUAAGCAUGAGCAGCACUGUCGGUUCCGUCCCUACAAUUGCCCUUAUGCUGGGUCUGACUGCUCUGUCACAGGUGACAUCCCCACCCUUGUUUCACAUCUCAAGGAUGAUCACAAAGUCGACAUGCAUGAUGGAUGUACCUUCAAUCAUCGAUAUGUCAAAUCAAAUCCACAUGAAGUUGAAAAUGCUACAUGGAUGCUUACUGUUUUCAAUUGUUUUGGAAGACAGUUCUGCUUGCAUUUUGAAGCUUUCCAGCUUGGGAUGGCACCUGUCUAUAUGGCCUUUUUACGUUUUAUGGGAGAUGAUAAUGAAGCUAAGAAAUUCAGUUACAGUUUGGAGGUCGGUGCCAAUGGCCGUAAGCUAAUAUGGCAAGGAAUUCCAAGGAGCAUUCGCGACAGUCAUAGGAAAGUUCGUGACAGUCAGGACGGACUGGUGAUCCAAAGGAACCUAGCUCUAUACUUCUCGGGUGGUGAUAGGCAAGAGCUGAAGUUGAGGGUAACUGGCCGUAUAUGGAAAGAAGAAUGAUAAUAAAAAAAAGGAUGUUGAAUCGAGGUGAUUUUGUAUAGUAUCAGAAACAUUCCGAGUCUCAUUGGCAAACAAAUGAAAGCUUCGGUUGUAAUCGGGGCUUUAUGUCCACUGCAUUGCAAUCCCUCUGCUGACCGCCCACCAGCCCGGCUGCCACCUUCUACUGAAUGUUUUAGGGUAGGAAAUGAUUUGUAUGAGUCUGCUUGGUUGCUCAAAGUUUAAUGCAGCAACAUGUAUGGAGCGUUCCUUUUGAAUCCUUAGAACUCAUUUUGUUUUUUCGCAUUCUUUUCAAUGCGAUCGCCAUUGGCUUCCUGUAUGAAACCAUGUUCUUCAUUAAUUUUAUCAACUUCUAAUUUCCUCA